AUGACAAAUAGGCCACUGUGUGUCACUACGUAUCAAACUCAAGAACCCGACUACGGCUGCUCCAAAGAUUCCUCCUUUGUCGACAUAUCCACGUACUUCACCAUAAACCAUCUUCUGAUCUUCAAUCUCAACCUCAAUCUCAACCUCAAUCUCAAUCCCAUAAUGCAUCAGCUCAUUGGUUACCUUACUUCAACUACGUGGGAUAGGCCCUCACUUGACUCCGGGCUCAUCCUUCUGGGGAUAAGCUCCAUAGUCAGACUUAGACAUUUAGGAAGUGUCUCGUUGGAGAUGAACAACAAGAAGAUGUUCUACCCGUGGAUCCCAAUUCUGUGA